AUGGUCGUCACUUUUUUCUUUUUUUUCAAUAGGUUGAAUCAGGCAUCUUUUCAGGCAGUUCCAGAAGUAAAUGUAUGUGAUAUCAAGUGGAAUGAAUAUGUUCUGAUCGGCGAUUACUCUUCCUCUGCACAAUUCUAUGUCACCUUUGCAGUCUUUGUCUUCCUGUACUGCAUAGCUGCUCUUCUGCUUUACGUUGGUUACACGAACCUGUAUCGAGAUAGUCGAAAACUUCCCAUGAUUGACUUUAUUAUUACUCUUGUUGCCACUUUUUUGUGGUUGGUGAGCACUUCAGCGUGGGCUAAAGCUCUUACAGAUAUUAAAGUAGCUACCAGUCCCAAAAUUAUUCAAGAACUUGAGCCUUGCAGUAAGCAUCCAGGAGUGACCUGUUAUUUUGACUCUGUCACCAGUAUGGGAUCCCUAAAUGUCUCUGUGAUCUUUGGAUUUCUGAAUAUGAUACUUUGGGGAGGAAAUGCUUGGUUUGUGUACAAGGAGACCAGCUUACACAGUCCAUCAAACACUUCUGCA